UGCGCAGCGCUCAGCUUCGCCAUGCGUCCCGGGGUGCGGGGGCCGCUGUGGCCGCUGCCCUGGGGGGCCCUGGCCUGGGCCGUGGGCUUCGUGGGCGCUGUCGGCUCGAGGGACCCCGCGCCUGCUGGGGUGUGCUGGCUCCGGCAGGGCCCCGAGGCCACCUGCAGCCUGGUGCUGAGGACGGACGUGAGCCAGGCUGAGUGUUGCGCCUCCAGCAACAUAGACACCGCCUGGUCCAAUUACACACAGCCCGAGAACAAGAUCAACCUCCUGGGCCUCUUGGGCCUGGUCCACUGCCUGCCUUGCAAAGAUUCCUGUGACGGCGUGGAAUGCGGCCCCGGCAAGACGUGCCGUAUGCUGGGGGGUCGCCCGCGCUGCGAGUGCACGCCCGACUGCGCGGGGCUCCCGGAGCGCAUGGAGGUCUGCGGCUCGGACGGCGCCACCUACCGCGACGAGUGUGAGCUGCGCACCGCGCGCUGCCGCGGACACCCGGACCUGCGCGUCAUGUACCGCGGCCACUGCCAAAAGUCCUGCGAGCGCGUGGAGUGCCCGCGGCCACAGUCCUGCCUUGUAGACCAGACGGGCAGCGCGCACUGCGUGGUUUGUCGCGCGGCGCCAUGCCCGGUGCCCUCCAAUCAGGGCCAGGAGCUCUGUGGCAACAACAAUGUCACCUACAUCUCCUCGUGCCACCUGCGCCAGGCCACCUGCUUCCUGGGCCGCUCGAUCGGCGUGCGCCACCCAGGCAGCUGCAGAGGAUCCCCCAGACAGAAGGCAGAGGAGGAGGAGCAGGCGGAAGAGGCCGAGUCUGAGGAAGAGGAGAACUUCGUGUGAGCUUCGAGGGACCCAGCCACGCGUCCCCCGGUUUAUUUAUUACAUCUUCAGAGUCUAAUUUAUGUCCCACAGACGCGCUCCCAACCUGGCUUGGGACCACGUGGGGACCCCACAGUGCCCCGAUGAUGUCUUGGAAGGGUUGAAGGAAGAAGCCCAGGAAGGUACCCCGUGUGGCACCCGGGGUAGCGAGCCUUAGAGGGGCCUAAGCAGCUUCUGGUCCUUGGCAUGUGGCUGUCACUUAGCAGUGCCACCCAGAACACAGGGAAGCUCUUUUGGCCCCACUGCCUCUGUAUCCCCUUUGUGUCCUUGUGUGUCCCUGGGCUGGCUCCCAUUCAUGCCUCCUGACACAGCUCCUGGCUUGGCCCGCUAAUGGCCAGCCUUCACGUGGUUCGCCUGGUGAUAUCCUGUGGUCUCAGAUACUGGGUGACCAGCACCCACCCCGAACUCACCACUAUGUCCAGCAGCACCUGAUUGACUUGGGGCAGGACCUAGAGAGAACUGUGACCCCAGUUCACUCACAGGCCAGGGUGCGGUGCAGACAGCAGGACCCCUAGGGGUGCCCAUGCCCGUGGCCAUGCGCCCGUGCGGCUCUGGGCUUCCACUCUUACAUAUGGCUCCCAAAAGUUUCUUCUUGCCCACCAGUCCAGCUAGGCAUAGUGACUGCAGGUGCUGUUGGGGUGUGGGGGGGGGGGCUAGACAGCAGAGAUUCCCCAUCCUCCAUUUGAUUGUUGUUCAGAAUCACCAAGUGUGCCUUCACGGAGAAUAGAGGCUCAAACUGGACAUGGGGCCACCCAGCAGGAAGGGAGCCUGUCUCCCCAAAUCCAGGGUGGGCAGUUUGGGGGCAUGUUGCCCAUCCAGCUGCAGCCCCUGGCCAUGCUUUAUGAUGAUGUCCCAGAAAUGGGUCCUGGGCGGGGGGGCCAGGACCAGGCAACUUCCUUGUCUCCUGGGGUGCUGUCUUACCAAAAUAAUAAAAUCAGAAAAAGCCA